GUGUCCACUAAUGCAAUUCUAUCUUUAUGUUGUAGUCGUGGAAAACCUACAGCCAUGCUGUUCAAGGUGCAGUAUAAAGGAAAGAAGAAGUACAUCAAACUACAUGGAGCCUCUCACUCAGAAUUUCUCAAGGAGGCUAAAAUGAAGUUCAGUAUACCUGCUGAGAAGGACAUAUAUUUGCUGGAUGAGAGUGGAACAGAGGUUGAUGAAGAGGUCUUUAGUGACAUCCUGGAGGAAAAAUCUGACAUUCAGUGGACGAUUGUUGACAAUCUUUCUGUCAGUGACUCUCCUGCAUCCUCAUGCACAGACACCUUGUCACUAUCAUCACACUCGUCGGAUAGUGAUGCUUUUCUGAUGUCUCCCAAAAGACAGCGCAUCGAUGAUUGCAUUCUGAGCCCCCCAAGAAGUCAGCAUGUUGAUGACAGUUCUUCACGAGCCAAAGAGCUUGUCGAGAGAGUUCUGGAACAAAAGCCUGGAGGGGACAAAAUACUUGCAGAAUAUGCGACUAAAGGACAGAUGAAGGACCGAACACGCCGUGAACUUGUCAACAUCUUUGUUGCUGAUAUGUUGGAAAAGUAUGGAAGUGCUCCACCAAAGGACAAGAGGUCACAAUAUGCAUUGGGGAUUGUAACACUGUUCCCUUCCCUAAGAGAUCCCUACUCCAGAAAGGGCUAUGAGCAUUUCUUUGAUGCAGAGAGCAAUGAGGGCUACAUUGCAUGGAAACUAAAAAACACACAGCGAGGACUCAGUUCUGGCAAUAACAGUGGAGUCAGGAGAAGGACCUCUCAAACUACACCUGUUGACAGUACUGCAGCACCAGCUGAAUGUCAUGUUGUACAUUAACAGGCUGAGUAUAUUGUUCUUUAAAGGACAGGUUCAGAUUUUUGAAGGCUGUAUCUCCCAAACUUACAGUAUCUGUGUUUCAGCAGACAAUGUUUCCUUGCUGAGCUGUAGUGGAGCACUAGUAAUUCAAAGAGGGAUUUUGUCAGGAAGUUUGCAGUGACAAAAAAUAGUCAACAGUUUUUUGUUUACUACCAGGGGAGAAUCUGACUGGUGUUUGUUUAUUCUAUGAUGUAAUGCAUAGACUACUAAAAUAAAGCUGAUGUCAUUGUAAUAAGAGCCGACUGUACACUUCCAUAAUGUUAAGACAUGUGUUAAUAUGU